GACAGGAGCCCACUCUUACACUUGCAUAACGAUGUCCUUGCGGCUGGCUGCUAGAACCGGUCGCCUUAUUAGAACGGCAGCUCCUCGCAGGGCUGCUGCUGUGGGACUGAAUAUCACACGCUCCAUUCACAGCUCGCGACCAUCGAAAGCGUCUGAAUCCCCGUUCCAGGAGCCGACAUCGCCAAAUCCUACCGUCACGAAAUACGCAGAGGCUUCGGAAAAGCUGCAUUCAUAUGGCUCGUAUCUGCUGCAAUGCCUGCCGAAAUACAUCCAGCAAUUCUCUGUCCUCAAGGAUGAAUUGACACUCUACAUCUGUCCCUCUGGUGUCAUACCCGUCUUGACAUUCCUCCGCGAUCACUCGCAGUGCCAGUUCAAGGCAUGCAUGGACAUCAGUGGCGUUGACUUCCCGGAGAGGGAGAAGCGGUUCGAGGUCGUCUAUCACUUGUUGAGCGUGAAGUAUGGUGGGAGAAUCAGGGUCAAGACGUAUGCGGGAGAGACGGAUCCUGUUCCCAGCGCUGUGCCCAUAUUCAGGGGAGCGGAUUGGUACGAGAGAGAGGUCUGGGAUCUCUACGGUGUAUUCUUCGAAGGCCAUCCUGAUCUGCGUCGUAUCCUUACGGAUUAUGGCUUCGAGGGCCACCCGUUGCGGAAGGAUUUCCCUUUGACUGGAUAUACGGAAGUCCGGUAUGACGAAGAGAGGAAGCGCGUUGUCUAUGAACCUCUACAGCUGACCCAAGCCUUCCGAAACUUCGAUGCAUUGUCACCCUGGGAGCAGGUCGGUGACGGUACGGUGCCGAAUAGGCCGGAUGAGUUCAAGCCCGUGCCUCCGCCUAAGCCUGAAGAACCGCAGAAGAAGUAGUACCAUCGUCGAGUCGAUUGCCGUGGAAUGCAUCUUUCCGUUCUCAGCGUGACGUUCUUGAGCGAGCUCGUGUAUGGUGAGCUCAUUUGAAGCGUGAUACAAUGAUGCUCUAGGCCGUUAGCCUGUGAUGGGUCGGUAUAUGAUAUAGUAUUUCAGUCGAUCCUCACGGUGAGCGUUCUCGGAUGCGCGGCACGCGCUCACUUUGAC